CGCAUCUGGAGACAGUCAUAACACGACUAAUCACAUACAGCAAAAUGCCAGGCGCAGACUUGAUUGACUUUGAGGUCAUCGAAGGACACAAAGAGAACAUCCAGGCGCUUCCGAGUGGAAGAUCAGCGAAAGCAUUGGCAGCUCUGUACUCACCACCAUUGACCAGUGGACAACAACAAGCCUCCUUCGCCAACGAUGCACACUCGGAUGUUCGCAAAGAUUACGAAGAAGAACUCGCUCUGAUCGAGGAAGCUGACGACCCGCUCGACAUCUACGACCGCUACGUCAAAUGGACCCUCGACACAUACCCCUCAGCACAAUCAACACCGCAGUCACAACUGCUACCUCUCCUAGAGCGCGCCACAAAGGUCUUCCUCUCAUCACCACAAUACAAGAACGACCCGCGUUACCUGAAGCUAUGGCUCCACUACAUUCGUUUCUUCUCAGACGCUCCGCGCGAGACCUUCGUCUUCCUCAACCGUCAUGGAAUCGCAGAGUCACUCGCGCUAUACUAUGAAGAGUUUGCUGCAUGGCUCGAACAAGCGGGCAGAUGGACACAAGCAGAGGAAGUAUACGAGAUGGGUAUUCAGAAAGGCGCCACACCUGUUGCGCGCCUGACGAGGAAGUUCAACGAAUUCCAACAACGCAACUCUGCUCGUCCUCAGGACGUCGCUGAACCUACAAGCCCUGCCCUUCCAGUCGCCCGCUCCGUACUUGGAGCAAAGGUCGAUCCAUUCGCUGCUGCCCUCGCAGCUACCACACCACAACAAGCAGCCAAACCUGCCGCAGCUAAGAAGCCGAAGGCUGGCAAGAUGGCCAUUUUCGCCGACGAAGCACCACAAGACCAGAGCGCAUUCGGCACUCCUGGGGAGAAGAACGGCUGGGACAGCAUCGAGUCCAUUCAGAACAGGAAGAAGGAGAAUGCCAUUGCUCCCAAGCCCAUGGCAGGCGAGACAUUGAAGACGGGCAAGACAAACACGGGCGUGCAGAAGAUGGCCAUUUUCAGGUCAUCUUCUACUGUACGACAUGCAUACGAAUCAAGUAAACAUGCUUCCCAACGAGUUAUCAAUCUGAAGACAGGUAGACCUGAAUGUGUCUUUGUGAAUCUUGAAGCCGUCUAUCCUGACCCGACCGAUCCCUCUGUUGAGUUUUGUUUCGAAGAACUAAGAGCUAGGCAUCGUGGUUGGCUAGAUCGUGACUGGGCUGCUGAGCGAAGGCAGGCGCAACCCAUUGAUCAAGCGCAGGAAAACAGCUCGAUCAAGCAACAACCACAAAAGGAGCCGAAACGUGGUUUCGCCAUCUUCCAGGACACAUCUGCUGCCGAGAAGCAACAAGAAGCAGAACAAGAACGUCCGACGAGUCAGCGAGGCUUCCAAAUCUUCCAAGACGACUCCGAGAACAAGAAGUCCCCUGCACACUCAUCGCCUCUCACAAUCGACACUUCUCUCAAGGUCGUGCCAGUCAAAGACGAGAAUGACGAGAACAGACCCCCUUCCAAGGCCGAUGUUGAGCUUGCAAAGAGAAUGCGUCGUGAGGAACGUGCCAACAGGACUCGCAAGAUCAAAGUCAUGGAUGUCGAGCAUGUGCAGAAAGAGACUCAAACCAUCAAGCUCAACCUGGACUCACCUUCUGGCAAGAAGCUCAGAAAGAAGAAGGUCGCCGAGCCUACCAUGACCAUCAACACGCGUGAAGCUAUGGACGAGAUCUACGGUAUCUUCAGUCAGCCUGUUCAGACCACUGAGGAGAAUGAAGCCGAAGACUCUGAGAGCGAAGAAGAUAGCGACGACGAUAGCGAUGACGACUACAGCAGCGGCGGAGAAGAUACAACUACUGGCCACAUCUCUGGAGCUGGAAGCGAUUACGGUGAUGAGACACGAAGAGAAAUCCUGGCUUCACAGCAACCAUCCAAGGAAGAAACAACGGAAGACGCCGAAGAACAGGAUGAUGAAGACGACGACGAUGAAGACAAGACCAAUGUCAGCGCUUGGUCCGACUUCGAUGAGAGCAAGCCUGUCACUGAGACUGCUGCAACUUCUGCACACUCCAAGGAUACGGACGAGCUUUCAACACCGAUUGACGAAGUACCUACACCACGUGAUGGAGAGAACGAAGAGCCGAAAACGAGAUAUGUCCCAAUACCUCCUGAGGGUUACGAACCCGUAAGGUCACAGUAUAGGGACCCAGUCGUUGUCGCUCAAAACCGUUUGCCGUUCAUGACACCCAUAGUCGAGCACACCGAGUCUUCUAUCGGCGCAGCAACCAUCCGUGCAGAGUUGGAAAAGGGCUUCGCAGCCAAGACACCAUCAAGACAAAAUCACAGCAACGCCGACAUUGAAGAGGAAGACGAGGACGAAGAAGACGACGAUGAAGAUGGUCUCAUGAGCAGCCCCUUCCAAGUCCUCAGUGGCGCCGACCUCGAGAACAAACGCAAGAUUCUGCAACCAAUUCGCACAAAAACGACAAAGGGCAUAGUAUCCCUGAGCGAAGAUGUUGCAGGAGCGUCGAAGCCAAAACCUCUCGCUCUUCGUCCUGCCACUACUGCGGAGCCAAUCAACAAAGGCCCCAUCAUCAAAGAUUCCCAGAUCAAUCCCGUAGAUCCAGAAGUCCGCCAAACUAUCUUGUCGCAAAUUUACCCUCCAUUGAGCUCAUACGAGGGCUACCACGAACACAAGAAUAUCCAACACGCUCGCACGCCUGAGAUUCGCAAAUACUCGAAAGCCGUAGGGAAAGGCAAGACUGCAACAGAGAAGAGCGCUGCAUCUCUGCCUCCCGCACCUGUGCUCAACUUCCAAAACUCUGCCAGCACAUACACACUCAAACGCGAACUCGGCGCCGGUGCCUUCGCCCCUGUGUAUCUGAUCGAAAACAGCAAUCCCUCCUCCACCUCUGUUGAUGAAGAUGACAAUGACGAAAAUGCACCAGUCAUGGGUCAAGGCGCCUUUGCAGCAGUUCAACGCCACUCUCUCGAAGCAUUGAAAAUGGAAGAUCCACCAUCAGCCUGGGAAUUCUACAUGCUACGUCAAGUCCACCGCAGACUGGGAGUGUCACGAGCAACAGAAUCAGUAAUCCACGCCUACGAAAUGCACAUUUUCCGCGACGAAGGUUUCCUGAUCGAAGAGUUCCGCGGCCAAGGCACGUUACUCGAUCUCAUCAACGUCGCUAGAGCAGAAGCAGGAGGAACCUUGGAUGAAGCACUAGCCAUGUUCUUCGCCGUAGAAUUGAUAAGAACGGUGGAAGCACUCCACUCCAAAGGACUCAUCCACGGCGACUUGAAAGGCGACAACGUCCUCGUCCGCCUUGACGAAACACCCACAUGGUCAUCCUCCUACUCCCCCACCGGCAGCUCCGGCUGGAAAUCCAAAGGCAUAUCCCUCAUCGAUUUCGGCCGCGGCAUCGACAUGAAAGUAUUCUCCCCCGGCGUGCAAUUCGUCGCGGAUUGGGAAACUUCAUCCGCCGAUUGUGCAGAGAUGCGCGAAUUACGCCCUUGGACCUAUCAAGUGGAUUAUCACGGAUUAGCCGGCCUUUUGCAUUCUUUGCUGUUUGGCAAAUACAUGUCCACGAUCGCGGAAAAAGGACAAGGGUUGGGUGCCGCCGCUACGAAACAUUAUAGAAUCAAAGAGGGGUUGAAAAGGUAUUGGCAACAGGGGAUUUGGUCGGAAGCGUUUGACCUGCUGUUGAAUCCGGGAAUGUAUACUGCGCAAGAAGAAGGAGCGAGAAUGCCGCUGUGUAAAGGGUUGAAAGGGUUAAGAGAGAGGAUGGAAGGUUGGUUGGUGCAGAAUUGUGAUAAAGGGAUUGGAUUGAAGACGAUGGUUAGGAAAAUGGAAGAGGCGGUUAGGGCGAGGAAGAGAUAGAGAUAGAGGUGGUGUUAUGUUUCUUCCAACAUCAUGAGCUGUGUUUUGGUGCUCAUUUAGAUCUUGAGUUUGGCGUUUAGAAAGGGGUUGGUGGUGUUUGGGGGUUUUGGAAAUGAUAGACAUGUUUUUUCUCCCAAAGUUGUUGUUCUCUUUGUUCAUGCUUUUCCUCGGCGUCUUUGUGAUGGCCGAGUGGCUCGUAUCCAUCGUACCUUCUUCAUCGUGCCUUCUCCAUCGUGCCUUCUUCAUCGUGCCUUCUUCAUCGUGCCUUCUUCAUCGUGCACCUCUUGGAGACAUUCGCUUCGGCAUCAUCGG